UGCGACAAAAAUGGCUUGUCCUUACUUUCGUCGUGCCGACUCACUGUCACGCCAACCAUCUGUGGUCGCAGAACCUUCAGGCAAUUGGACCUUGGAAGAUGAGGAACAACCCGGUGAUGCUCUAACGCUGACUCAUUUACAAAUGGCCAUACAGCUGUUGACAGCGCCAUCGAAUGAAGAUUUAAAUACUGCCGUAACAGCACUUAUUUUGAAGUAUCGUAAAAAUUGGCCAAAUAUAUCGAAGCUACGAAUUGAUUUGGAGACCCUUAAAACCUAUCCAAACUACGAUUACUUGGCCGAUAUCCAAGAAAUCCUACUCGAAAUGGAUGAAUCGAGUGCUAGUGAAAUCCUGGUUUUACUGGGAGAAGAGCUAAUCACUUCCUGUUGCACGGGAAUAAUUGAGAGGGCUUUCCGUUGCUUGGGCACUGAAUUGCAAGAAUUUUUGGGUUCCCUGGAUGGGGUCUAUGAUGUAUUGAAAUUUCAAGAGGACGAUGAUUCGAGUGACACGGGUUUUGUGUGUGCCGGUGAUGGUGAAUUGAUAUUUACCUCGGAACGUCCCGUAAUUGCAUGGCUUUUGUUGGGCUCUCUAAAGGCUCUCACUCGAAUCCUCUUCAAUGUCCAGGUCAAUAUAAAAAUUGAACCUGUUGAGGGUGAUAAUCGUCGUUAUCGUUAUUUGUUCUCCUUGGCCAAGGAUGGUCAUGCUCGUGAAGUACGUACGGUUAGUAAAUCCACUGAGGGACCAGCACAGCGUAGCAAUUCAACAAAUGCUUCGGAUUUGACCAUGAACUCAAGUACAUUCUGUAAGGCAUUUCCAUGGCAUUUUAUAAUGAAUGAAGAUUUGGAAUUGGUGCAAUUGGGCCGUGGUUUCAGUAAGCUGUAUAAGCCAUAUAUGGCCGAGUUCGGUUGCCAUGCCACAACCUAUUUUGAUUUCAAACGUCCCAAGGGCUUGACUUUGAAGUUUCGGGAUAUUGUACGCCGUACUUGUACUCCCUUCUUGAUUGCUCUGAAAAGUCCUCCCGAUGUCCAGGAAUUUACAGCUAAGGGUCUUGAGAUCAAGGGACAAAUGGUCCACUGUCCCGAGUCGAACUCCUUGCUUUUUAUGGGUUCACCUUUCCUUGACGGCUUGGAUGGCUUGACUUGCAACGGCCUCUUCAUUUCCGAUAUACCCCUACACGAUGCCACACGCGAAGUGAUAUUGGUUGGCGAACAAGCCCGUGCCCAAGAUGGCCUGCGACGACGCAUGGACAAAUUGAAAAGUUCCAUUGAGGAGGCGAAUGCUGCCGUCACCAAGGAGCGAAAGAAAAAUGUCAGUCUUCUACAUUUGAUUUUCCCAGCAGAGAUUGCCGAGCGUUUGUGGUUGGGUGCCAGUAUAGAUGCCAAAACAUAUCCGGAUGUUACGAUUCUGUUUAGUGACAUUGUCGGCUUUACCAGCAUUUGCUCAAGGGCCACUCCGUUUAUGGUCAUCAAUAUGUUGGAGAGUUUGUAUAAGGAUUUCGAUGAAUUUUGUGAUAUGUUCGAUGUCUAUAAAGUGGAGACAAUUGGUGAUGCCUAUUGUGUUGCGAGUGGUUUACAUCGCGCCUCGAUCUAUGAUGCCCAUAAGGUGGCAUGGAUGGCUUUGAAAAUGAUUGAUGCCUGUUCAAAACAUAUUACCCAUGAUGGAGAACAAAUUAAGAUGCGUAUUGGCUUGCAUACGGGUACGGUGUUGGCCGGGGUUGUGGGUCGCAAGAUGCCACGUUAUUGUCUGUUUGGCCACAAUGUCACCAUUGCCAAUAAGUUUGAGUCCAGCAGUGAAGCUUGUCGGAUUAAUGUCAGCCCCACCACUAGGGAAUGGCUCAUAAAAUAUCCCGGCUAUGAAUUUGAUUUGAAAGCCAGGGAUCCCUCAUUCCUGCCCAAGGAAUUCCAUAAUGCCGACAAUGGUACCUGUUAUUUCAUGGACAACUAUCGUCAUUUCUCCAUGGAUGAGAGUUUACCAUUGGAUGAUCACAUUACCGCAGCCAUGAAAUCCAUACAAGUACCAGCCACAGAAACCUAA